AGCCUCCUCGACCUCCCUUCCUGGAGACGAACAGUUCCCGUAGAAUUUCGCUUCACCGAGUGACCUUGAGCCCAGGGCGAAUUUCGCUUCACCGAGUGACCUUGAGCCCAGGGCGACGGUCAGCUUGUUCCUGGCUGCAGGAACUUUGUGAGAAUUUUAAUGCUUGGAAAUACUGUGUUUCAACUGGUGUACAUCCAAAAGUCUCAGUGUGAUAGCAGGACCAAAACAUUCUGUCAGUCAGCUGACCAUAUACUUAAUGACUCCUAAAAUCUCGUGGACUUCUGAAGAAGCACCAUGGCCUGUGCUGCUGUUAUGAUUCCUGGGUUGCGGUGCUCUGUUGGAGCCGUCUGUACUCAGGGUGCUUCAUUGAGAUUGACAUUCAGCGCUUUGCGCCACCUUACUCUAACCAGCAUAAUGAAAUCCAAAAGGAAAACUGAUCACAUGGAGAGAACUGCAAGUGUCAUUCGACGGGAGAUUGUGUCAGCAGCUAAGGUGUGUGGAGCUGCCAGUGAGUCACCAUCAGUGAAGAGCCUCCUCUUGCUUAUUGCUGAUCAAGACUUUUCCUUUAAAGCUGGCCAGUGGGUUGAUUUCUUUAUUCCAGGAGUCUCUGUGGUUGGUGGGUUUUCAAUAUGCUCCAGUCCCAGACUGCUAGAACAAGAGAGAAUGAUAGAAUUGGCAGUGAAAUAUACGAACCACCCUCCUGCCCUCUGGGUUCACAAUAAGUGUACACUCGACUCUGAAGUGGCUGUGAGAGUGGGUGGAGAGUUCUUCUUUGACCCUCAGCCUGCGGAAGCCUCUAGAAACCUCGUGUUGAUUGCAGGAGGAGUCGGAAUUAACCCUCUGCUUUCCAUCCUGCGGCAUGCAGCAGAUCUCCUCAGAGAGCAGGCAAACAAAGAACAUGGAUAUGAGAUAGGAACAAUCAAACUAUUCUACAGUGCAAAAAAUAUCAGUGAACUCCUGUUUAAGAAAAAUAUCCUUGAUUUAGUAAAUGAAUUUCCUGAGAAGAUUGCAUGCAGUUUGUAUGUUACAAAACAGACUACACAAAUCAGUGCAGAACUCAAGCCAUACAUCACGGAAGGAAGAAUAACAGAGAAGGAGAUAAGAGAUCAUAUUUCCAAAGAGACUUUGUUCUAUAUUUGUGGCCCACCUCCAAUGACAGACUUCUUCUCCAAGCAACUGGAAAACAACCAUGUACCUAAAGAACACAUUAACUUUGAGAAGUGGUGGUAGGAGGCAGAUAAAGACAGAACAUAAAGAGGAUGACGCAGCAAGAAGGCCCUCACAAGAUGCUAGGCCCUUGACCUUGGACUUCCCAGCCUCCAGGACCAGGAGCCAAGAAAUGUCUGUCCUUUAUGAAUUGUCCAAUCUCAGGUAUCCUGUUACAGCAGCACGAGUGGACUGAGACAGGCAGAAGGGGAGAAGGGGAAAGGGAAAGAGGAAACUCAGUAAAGGAAGGGGCAAGGGGGGAGGGGGGAAGGGGGAAGGAGGAAGGGAGGAGCGAAGGGAGCAGAGGAGAGAGAGGUACGGGGAUAAUCCAUUUACAGGAGGGGCCAGGAGAGAACACCAUUCUGGUCCCUUCCCUGAAGGCCCUAUCAGGCCAGAGAUGGCCCAGCAGUUGUGAUCAUCCUUUCUGCCUGGUCUCUGGGCACACGCAUGCCUCCCUUCCAGACCAGCACAGCCAGUAUUCCUCCUGCUGGGUACCACGCUCACCACCUGCUGAAGGAGCCCUGGGGUUGCUUUACCCUGAGAACCCCUGCCCCCAUCCCCAGAUUCCCAGUUUAAAAGAGAGAGGAGGAAAAACAAUUUUAAGUCCAUACUCUCAAGCUUUGGGAGGUUAUGAUUACUUGGGCCUAUCAAGAAUAACCUUCCCACUUUAUCAAGCACUAUGACAAACCCGCCACAAUCAGACAGUAGCCAUGGCAACCAGGACAAGCUUUGGCGCCUCACAAAGCCCUGAGUGGCAGAAUGGAGUCCUUUUAUUGGUGGCUGCAUCCCGGGCUGGGUUUUCUCGGCAGGCACCCAGAGCUGCGAGACAAUGAACAACCCCUGCUGCCGCCCGACCCUCCUGCUUAGACCACGAACGCUUCCGUUUUGCUCUGUUUUAUUUCAUUUUGUCACUCUUAAAGAAAAAAAACGGCAGGAUUGCUCCCAAACAUUUUUCCCCCCAGGGUAGGAGGUGUCAGCCAGAGGGUGCAGAAUCAUAAAGACCAAAAGUAAAAGGGAAAACACAUGAGCCUGAACCCUCAGCUCUCUCUAACCCUGCUUGAGAGAGCUGAGGGUUCAAUCUCACGUGUUAAUUUCUGGCCAUCACAUGGUGAGUUGACAAGCUAAAUACAAAAGGUAGGGGCGAGAUGUUGCACUCUGCCAGACUCUCCCACUCCAACUAUUUGGGAUGGUCUUGGCUUAAUUAAUGUUAAAUGCAGUUUUCGGUAAGCAUCUAUCAAAGCCUGUUUGCGUAUUAUCAAUAUAGUAAGGAGAUGGCAUUUCUAAAAUACAAGAUGAGCCUGUCAGUGAAAGACGCUUUUAAGUCCAUUAGCUAAGAAAGGUGGUAGGAAACAUAACCGGAUGGAAGGCACUCUUUGAUCUGCUUUUUUGCGACACUCCAGUGAGGAGAGAAGAAAGCACCAACAGCACUCAAAAGCCAGCCUGCUUAUCAAACAAAAAGACAUUUCUUUCUCUGAGUAGGAGCAAAAAUUUUAAUUAACUCUCCACUCUCCUGUGGUGGAUACGUAAUCUCCGAUCACACCUGGAGUGUUAAAAAAUGGAGCGUGUCCUGUGGUUUUUCAACUGGUAUAAAAGGAAUUCAUUUGUAUUUAUGGCUCUUUUUUCCUUUGUUCCCUAUAAUUUCUCCAGUGGUUGCAAAUCAACUGAAGAAACAGGCAUCCUACACAACCUUUCUUUACCCUCCAAAAAUUAGGACAACAGAACGUAGAGUUUACUAAGAAAUGCAUUUGUCAGUUGAUCAUAUUUAAAGAUCCUCUAUGCAGGGAAAUAAUUAGGAAUUCAUAAAUUGGUCCAGUGAGAAAGUCUGUAUUCUGAAUGUCAGUGUGCUCUUCUUUUCUCCUGUGUUUCAUCCUGUGGACACAAUCUGGGAGAAAAGAAGUUUGAAAGAAAAUAUUUUGCUCUUUAUACAUGAUUGUAAAUGAAAAGGAAUUUGAUUUCCCUUGUCUGAAAGUUGCUUGAGACCACGUCUGAAGCACCUGAAAACAGUGACUGGGAACAGUUUGCCUCUGUUCCUGACAUCCACGGGACUGAGCCCUUGCCCUUCAUCAAUCAGGGUACAUAAGGAACAGUCCUGCAAAAAACUGUUCUGCAUUUUUUGUAAAAUUGCUACCACAACACUAAUGCCCACAAAUUACUGGCAGGGUGUGCUUAUGCUACUCUUACUUUACUUAUCAAUUUUAAGUAUCUUAAUCUUCUACCACGGGAAAUAAAGGUUUAGUGCUGCCAUAUAUAUUUCUUAUUUCCAUUUUCUUUGUGUUCCAAAUGGUUAUUUUGCAAUUUAAAGUAAAUCAAAAGUCAGUGUUUGUGUUACCACAAUUUUGCAAAUAUUGCUCAAUGCUGAGUCAAAUAAUGCAUUAUGACCAUGCCUUCUUUUUUUUUUUUUUUUUGAGACGGAGUUUCGCUUUUGUUACCCAGGCUGGAGUGCAAUGGCAUGACCUCGGCUCACUGCAACCUCUGCCUUCUGGGUUCAGGCAAUUCUCCUGCCUCAGCCUCUUGAGUAGCUGGGAUUACAGGCACACACCACCGUGCCCAGCUAAUUUUUUUGCAUCUUUAAUAGAGACGGGGUUUCACCAUGUUGACCAGGAUGGUCUCGAUCUCUUGACCUCAUGAUCCACCCGCCUCAGCCUCCCAAAGUGCUGGGAUUACAGUCUUGAGCCACCACGCCCGGCCCAUGCCUUCUUUUUUAUAUGACCCUUUAUUUUUCCUGGAGUUAACUAUUACCUCAAUUUUUUUUCAUCUUCCUGGUUGUGUAUGAACCCAUCAGUAAUUUAUCCCACAUGUUGCAGUAUCUCUAUUUAAUGCCCAUCAAUAAAUAUUCCAUGUGCCUAAAUACAUUACUUCCCUUUUUUUUCCCCACUGGAGACAUCAUUUCUAAACCCUUGCUCCAAUCUGGUCUGGUUGCUUUCCAUCCCUGAGUUCUUCCUAAAUUAGUGUCUAUGGCUGGUAUGUUCUCUUUUUUUGGUUUCCUCCUCAUUUUGCUGGAGCACAUCCUCUAGUGACUCUCUAGGCAACAAUGCCCUAGAAGUCAUCUGAAUCCAUGCAUUUCUAAAAAUGCUUUUAAUUAACAAAUUAGGUACAGAAGUCUGGGCUGAUAUCGAUUUAUCCAUCAAACUUUUCAAAGUAUUCCUCUAGUAGCUUCUAGAUGUCAGCAAUGCUAUUGAGAUAAUCUAUUGUGAUUACUAAUACUUUAAUAUAACCUCUUAUAUUGCUUUGAAAAGUUUUAGGAUUUUUUUUUUUUCUCCCCUAGAAGUUCCAGAAUUUCAUGACAACGUUCUUGGGUGUGGGUCUUUUUUCCCUCAAAGGCUUGUUCACCCAAUGGCCUUGCAAUCUGAAUCUUGUCCUUUGGUUCUGCAAAGUGUUCCCACCACCCUUUGAUAACAUUUCUCCACAUCAUUUUCUAUCUUCUUUUCUUCUUUUUUCCUGGACCUGGUAUUAAUCAAUAUGUGUGAUAGAUUGUUUUUUGUUUUGUUUUGUUUUGUUUUUGAGACAGAGUGUCCCUCUUGUUGCCCAGGCUAGAGUGCAAUGGUGCAAUCUUGGCUCACUGCAACCUCUGCCUCCCAGGUUUCAGUGAUUCUCCUGUCUCAGCCUCCUGAGCAGCUGGGAUUCCAGGCAUGUGCCACUAUGCUCAGCAAAUUUUGUAUUGUUAGUAGAGACAGGGUUUCUCCAUGUUGGUCAGGCUGCUCUCAAACUCCCGACCUCAGGUGAUCCGCCCACCUUGGCCUCCCAAAGUUCUGAGAUUACAGGCAUGAACCACGGUGCCCGGCUAGAUGUUUUAAUUUUAUUAUCUUCCUUCACAAUUUUCUUACUCUUUUAAUUUUGCUUUCUGAGAGAUUUCCUUCAUUUUGUCUUCCCACUCGUUAUGUUUUUAAAUUUUUUGCUGCCCUAUUUUUAAGAUCUAAACGUUCUUUCUUAUCCUUUGAUUGCUUCUUUUUAAAUAGCAUCUCGUUUUUGUUUCACGGAUACAUUUACUUUAUCUUAUUAAGUACUUUCUUCUAAUCCCUGCAAUAUCUCUACAGUGCCCAGGUUGCAUGAGAGAGAGAUGGGGAGGCUAGAGAUCUCACUGCACCAUGUUAGGACUUUAAACCAAUGCCCUGUUUUUCAGCUCUGCAGUUCACAUCCCCCAACCUCCCAUCCCAUGGUGAUUUGUGCUUUGAAAAUCACAGUUUUUCUGGGGUUCUGCAAGAGACAAAUGGCACCCUUCUUGUCCAGGUUGUAGCUUCCUCCAUUUUGCUAAAUGAAUUAGAUUCCUCUAUCAACUUUUCAUCUUCUAAAAAUUCAUUGAAAUCAUUCAUUUUCUACUUUAUCUUCUUCUAAUCUUUUUGUUUUUGUGGGCAUCUAUCUAUCUACCUACCUACCUACCUACCUACCUGCCUACCUACAAUUGAACCUCAUUAUUCUUGGUAGCUAUGUUCUGUAAAGUCAUUUUUAAUAGGGCAUUAGUGAAUAUUGAACCAUUGCUCAUAAGAGAAAUCCAGGGUUAGGGUCUUGCAAGCCUCUGGUUGCAACAUUUUUGUAAACUGAUCAAUACAUAACCUUGUUUAAUAGAUAGUGUUGAUUCAUGCACAUUGAGCUUGCAGCCAGCAGUACUAUAACUCCUGCCUGGACAAACCUUACCCACCACUGGUAUUUUCAUUGUAAGCACAUCAUAGCAUUCCCGCACUUAAAAACCCUAGACAGUACUUUAUGCUCAGCGGCUAUUUUUAACCGCUAAAUCGCCAACAAAAAGCACAAAAAUGUGAAAAACGUGGCACUAUGUGGACCGCAAGAAGGACACUUGUUUUUAGUAUGAACAUUGAAACCAGGCGCAGUAUCACCUUGUUCGACCUUAGCUAGAAACGUGCACGUCAGGCAAGUCAAAAUUUUCGCUCUUCUGCACAUGUUUGCGAAUGACCACAAAAUGCCAUUUGUAUUGAUUUAGGGGUCACAAAACAUUUUAGUAAGCAGAUGAAUUUGCAAAUAUAGAAUCUGAGAAUUGCCUCUAUCUAUCUAAUUAUAUCAUUCCUUUAGUUUCAUUUCACUGGGAUUUUUCAGAAAAGAAAUAGAUGCCUGUGUCCAAUCCCCCUCAUUUAAUAAAAUGUUAUUAUUUUAAUGUUUAAAGGCAACACUGGAAGGCCUUUCUAAAUAACCUAGAAUCCAGAAACCAAAAAAUAAAAAUGACAAAUUUGAUUACAUAAAAACUCGUAUGUAUGAUAUAAAAGACAAAUGACAAAAUGGAAAAAUUUUGCAGCUCAUAUUACAGACAAAAAAGGGCUUCUAAAAAUUGAAAAGAAAAAAUCCAGCAAUCCAAAUUUUAAAAGGGACAAAGAUAAGAAGAGAGAUCACAGAAGAGAAAAUUCCAGGCGGGGCGCGAUGGCUCACCCCUGUAAUCCCAGCACUUUGGGAGGCCGAGGCGAGUGGAUCACGAGGUCAAAAGAUCGAGACCAUCCUGGUCAACAUGGUGAGACCCCGUCUCUACUAAAAAUACAAAAAUUAGCUGGGCAUGGUGGUCUGUGCCUGUAAUCCCAGCUACUCAGGAGGCUGAGGCAGGAGAAUUCCUUGAACCCAGGAGGCGGAGGUUGCGGUGAGCCGAGAUCACGCCAUUACACUCCAGCCUGGGUAACAAGAGCGAAACUCCAUCUCAAAAAGAAAAGAAGAGAAAAUUCCAACACCCAUUAAGCGCAUGAGAAAAAUGCAGACUCUCAUGAGAGAAAUGCUAAUUAAAACUACCCUGAGAUACUAUUUUUUCACCUAUUGAACUGUUAAAAAUUCACAAGUUAGGCCACCUGCUUUGUUGCCAAGGCUGUGGGAAGCACACGUUCUUGUACACUGCUAGUGGAAGGGCUCAUUGAUUCAACCCUCCUAGAGAACAAUUUUACAGUAUCUUUCAAAAUUACAAACACAUUUACCCUUUGACCAACAAUCUCACUUCUGGGAAUUUGUCCUACAUAUUAAAAAAGAGAAAUGCACAAAGAUAUUCACUGGAUAGCUGUCUGCAAUAGCAAGACACUGGAGACUACUCAAGUGCCCAUCAGUGCUGGAUUUGUGUUUAACAUUAUGUUUCACCCAGACAACAGCUUAGAGAACUGGGCAAUGGCUGCUCAUGUGCUGAGCCGAGGCAUACGGGACAAGGAGGGACAAUGAGGGAACGAAUUCUAUUCUAGACACACUGAGUUUGAGGAACCCAUGGAGAUGUCCAGGAGGCAGCUAAAUGAAACAGCCUGUGGUAGACAGAAUAAUGGCCCCAAAGAUUUCCACAACCUAAUCCCAGGAGCCUGUGAAAAUGUUCCCUUAACAUGGUAAAAGGGAUGUGGCCGAUGUGAUUACGCUAAGGACCUUGAGAUGGAGAGUUUAGCCAGGAUUAUCCAGGUGUGCCCUGUGUAAUCACAGGGGCCCUUACAAGGGACAGGCAGGAAGGCCAGAGUCAGGGGAGGGGAUGUGAUGGCAGCAGCAGAGGCUGGAGUGAUGCAGGGAGGGGGCCAUGAGCCAAGGAACAUGGACAGCUUCUAGAAGCUGGCAACGGUAAGUAACAGAUUCUCUCCUAAAAGUCUCCACCAAAAAUGUGGUCCUGUCAACACAUUGAUUUUAGCCCCUUAAUACUCAUUUCAGACUUCUGACCUCAACAAAUGUAGGACAAUACACUUGAGUUGUUUUAAGUCACUCAGUCUGUGAUUUGUUGCAGUAGCAACAGGAAACGGAUCUGCAGCUCAGGGCCAGGAACAGGUUAGGAUGGGGAUAAACACUUGGAGGUGUUGACAGACACAGCAUAGGCGAAACCUCCUGGAGGGAUGAGGUUGGCUGAGGGCUGGAUUCCCUUGUGGGGAGGUGAGCAGAAGAUGAAUGAAAACACAGGCUGAGUGAGAAGGAAUCAGUCCUUGGACAAUCCAGCGUGGGAAACAGACUUAAGAAGGGACUUUGUACCACAUUUUCUUUAUUCAGUCCAUAAUACUAUGCAGCCAUAAAAAGGAACAAAUCAUGUUCUUUGUGGGACAUGGAUGGAACUGGAAGCUGUUAUCCUAAGCAAACUAACACAGGAACAGAAACUCAAACAGCACAUGUUCUCACUUAUAAGUGAGAGAGCUGAAUGAUGAAAACACAUGUGGACACAUGGUAGGGAACAACACACAUGGGACCUGUCGGGGGGGCGGGGAGAGGGAGAGCAUCAGGAAGAAUAGCUAACGGAUGCUGGGUUCAAUACCCAGGUGAUGGCCCGAUCUGCACAGCAAACCACCAUGGCAUAAGUUUACCCAUGUCACAAACCUGCACAUAAGGCACUUGUACCCUGGAACUUAAAAGUUGAAGGAAAAAAAAAGAAAAGAAGAAGGGAAUUUGAUCAUACCAUCAAAUAUCUCAGGAGGGCAAGUCACAAGAAGCCUGGAAACUGUCUCUGGAUGGAUGGUGAGGUCUGGGAAGGCCACAGGCGGGACUCCGCAGGAGGGAAGUGGCUGACGGCAAGGUCAAGUGACAGCUGCUAGUUCAGAAGAGGCAGAGCAUGCCGGCACGUUCUCAGGGCUGCCUGGGCCCUGCUCAGCACAUGCUGGCCACAGCGGCACUCAAUAAGGGCAGGGGUCCUGCUUUCAUAUGGCCAUGGAAAGUGGAGAACCAGAGGCGGGACAGAGGGGAAUGCCAAGCCAGAAAGAAGGGCCACUUCACCUAACAAGUGGAAAGCUGAUGCUGGAACACAGGGGUGUGGCGCUGUUGCAGGAAACUCCAUGUGGUCCUCAGGAUGCUUUGGGCAGGGCUAUGCCUGGGACCACUGUUCAUUCAUGAAUCUCCAGUCAGCCAUCCUGGCUCUGUGCUGACCACUUGGGAAGCCUCUUCUGCCCCAGGAGAUCCCAGUCUAUGGGUGGGGAGAACAAGCACAUGGUUCCCAUUGGUGGAGCCCAUGGAGGUGAGGUGGAGGGAGGGAGAGGGGAAGGGGCGACCUGCUGCUCUGUGGAGAAAGAGCAAAGCCCUCUGCAGCCAGUGGAGCCAGCCUUCCUCACCCUCAGCCUCCCCAGGCCUCCGCAGGAGGAGGGGACAGCACGCUGGCCAGCUAGAGAUGUUGUUUUCGCCUUUGUUUUACACACAAUGCCCCAGAAAAACAUUUUGCUGAUAUGUAAUUAGGCCAACAUAAUAGAGUCUAAGAGAGCAGUCUUCUCAUUUUAGACAACUUUGGCUUUCAUAACGUUCAAAGAGAAUAAUUUUUUUUUUAAACGCUUAGUUCUUAGAUGCAGUAAAGGAGGCAGAGGAAAAUACAUGUAGUGCAUAAAAAGCUUCAGUUCCGAGACUUUACACACCCAGGCUGGCCUUCGGAUGAUGAGAGACCCGUGGCUCCACCAAGUAGCAGACAUGUGAGAGAUGCCACCUCGGAGCUGGUAGCUGUGGUCCACCCAUCAGUGCCUGCAGGCACAUGCGUGAGCCCAUGAGAUUAGUCAAGCCUUGUCCAGAUCAGCUGGGUAGCUGACCUGUGCAGGUUACGAUUUCACCUCACUAAGCUUUGGGGAGCUUUAUGACACAGCAGAAGCUAACUGGUAGAUUACUAUUAUUCUAAGAAGAGCCAAAUAUCAGGCAAAGCUCUAGGAGGAAAGUUGCAUUGAAAGUCACCUCAUUUGAUUUGAGAGAAAUACAAUGACACAGUUACUGCUGAAGGGGAGUGUUGCUGAUUUGUCACCACACUCAAGGCUGGCACACCUACCCCUUAUUUUCUCCAGGCCAGACACUGUGGCUUUGCAUUACCUCUGGAGCGCUAAAGUCUAAUUUAUGAUAACCUACCAUGAGGCCCAGCAGUGCCGCCAGCUCACCCUGGAAGAGAGAGAUAAAAACCCACACUGGGUAGAUCGUCCUAGCUCAAGACAUUGCCCUGGCUUCUCCUAAAUCGCUAUGCCAAGCUGGCAAGAAAACCAAACCUGCACGUGCAAGAUAACACUCUCAUGGAUUCUGGGACACGCUGGGUCAUCUGGUCCUGGUACGUGUGGUUUCUCUAAAGUCAGUUACUUGGAAGGCAGAAAGAAGAAAGGGGCUGCGGGAUGGAAGGGCAGGAGAUGGCAAUGCUGGCCUUAUUAUCAGGGCUGCCUGCUCACAAACACCUGCAUGGGCAGAAUGAGAACCAGGCGAGGCGUGCAGCCACGCAGGGCUACCCGAUCAUAGGAAAGGCAAUGAGGCCACACGUGUAGAGGCUCAGGGGUGACAAUGGGGCCAACUCUGAGCCAUAGCAGGCACAGGCAUAGGCACUGCAGUUCUGACUGUGGUUAAGCAACACAAAGCUGUCACAUCCUGUCAGCUGGACCACUACUCAGUACAGGGCUCCUGUCCUCCAGAAGCUAACAUCUCAAAGGUCUUGAAUGCUUCUCCGUGAGGGCUACUCCCAGGCUGACUUAGAAGCAGCUUUGUUUGAUAACAAUUAAAAAAGAAACAUUUUCUCCAUCCAGAGACUUGCCAAGGCCCUACCACUUGCUUUGAUGAGAGAGGAAACUAGACUUUCUGGGAGUAAAUGAAACUUGACACUUUAUUACUCUCUUUAGACCAUCAGAGAUGAAAGGGGGAUCAUAUAUCAUAUCUUUAACCCUUCUUUCUGAUUUUUCACCUUACCUAUUACUUAGAAAGGAGAUUGAAAAAAAAGAGCUUUUCCAAAGUUUAUAAUUAAAAGAUGUUAAUUUGGAGUCAGGGACUUGGGGAGAAAGCCAGUCUGUCUGCAGAAAUUCUAGAACCCAAAACACUGUCAAAGUUAUCCCCUCCACCUAUCAGCAGUGGAUUCCCAACAGCUUACCAAUAAUCAUAAAAUGCAAACCCAGAAGAGGUCUCUGAAUAAAGGUUGAUUCAAAACCUUCAGGUGAGGGGCCGGGCAUGGUGGCUCACAUCUGUAAUCCCAGCACUCUGGGAGGCCGAGGCGGGCAGAUAACGAGGUCAGGAGUUGAGACCAGCCUGACCAACAUGGUGAAACCCUGUCCCUACUAAAAAUACAAAAAAAAAAUUAGCCGGGCAUGGUAGCACAUGCAUGUAAUCCCAGUUACUAAGGAGGCUGAGGCAGGAGAAUUGCUUGAACCCAGGAAGCAGAGGUUGCAAGUGAGCCGAGAUCACACCAUUGCAUUCCAGCCUGGGCAACCGAGCGAGACUCUGUCUCAAAAAGAAAAAAAAAAAGUUGGGGCGGGGGUGGAAAUGGAGAUUAAAGGUUAUUUCACUGUCCUAGCUAACAACGAACAGAGCCACACAACACACCAUGUGCUGGCCUGUCACAGCCUUGACUCACUAAGGAAAGGAUUGGGUAAGACAUGGGUUGCUGGGAAAAACUCAACACAACAGAAUUCUCUCUCCCUGACUUUCUCCACCUUGUAACUUCAAGGUGUCAUGUUCUCAAGCCAUGCUGGGGCAAUCACAGUUGACCAAUAUUCUCUUUGUGGUGACUUAACUGUCAGUAUCACGUUGCUAUAGCUACCACAGUUCUAGCUCAACCCUCUCUCCUUAUGCUCUGCUCUUCUUUAUACCGAAGUGCAUCGCACUAGUCCCAUAGCAUGCUCCCUGAGGACCCAGCUCUGAUAGGGCUUCUGAGGUGCCAGAUACCUCCAGCUGGAAUAUCCUGCCUUCAGGACACAUCAGACCCGUUCGUGAGUCCAACACCACAAGUCCUGCAAUCCACUUCCCACUCUGUCUGGCUCCCUGCUCUACCAGAGAGAAAUCCACCAGAGCCGUAACAGAUGCUCUGCUGGUCCCCAUCAGCAUCUGCACUGAGACCUACCACGGUACAAGCUGAUGAAAAAACCAAAGUCAAGAAAAUUAAAUGGUCUCAGAGAGACUGGCCAGCUCAUUUGGGGUCCUCUAGAAAAUCCUCCCAUCACUCUGUUCCCCGCCCUGCCGUUUCGGCGUAUUGAUCCCGACCUGGCACUUACUUGUUUUUCCGCUCCUGCACUAGAACACAGACUCCAUAAAAGCAAGGAGUUUAUCUUGUUCCUGUUGAAUCCCAGGCACUUAAGGAAGUAUUUGUUCGGUAAUUAGUUGCUGAGUGAUUGAAUAAAAGCACCUGUCCUAGCA